AUGGGUAAAGGAUUUAAUAAUUACAUGUGUAAGAAAUUCUUCCAUCCUGCAUCAAGGGACAAUUUGAAACGAGUAUGGAUGGCUGAACAGAAGACUGAAGCUUACAAAAAGAAACAAGAGGAACUCAGGCUUCAAUAUGAAAAAGAACAAGAAUUGCAUGAAAACAAAGCCCUACUUAGCAAAGACAGUAAGGACAAAUUGAGCUUGAAUUUCAUGUAUGAACCCCCUCCUGGUGUUAAGAAAGAAAGAGAGAGGGAAGAUAAUGAACCUGAGUACAAGUUUGAGUGGCAACGUAAAUACAAUGCUCCUAGAGAAAGUUACUGCAAAGGAGAUAACGAAAUAAGAGAUCAACCAUUUGGUAUUUUGGUGCGCAAUGUCAGGUGCAUCAAAUGUCACAAAUGGGGUCACAUAAAUACAGAUAAGGAAUGUUCUAUGUACUCCUUGUCUAUGAGUGAGGCAAGAGCCCUUCAAGCUUCAGCUUCAGCGCCUGAAGAAGAAGAAGAAAAACCAGAUGUUCCAACAUUGAUGCAGCAGAUGCGAGACACUGGCCUUGUAAUGAAACCUGGAGCGUUGCCGCUUUCAGCUACGAAAAUUGAAGAACAGGAUAAUUCCAGCCUUACAGAAGUGGAUCUUAUCAGUCAACUAACUAAAAAGCAGAAAAAGAAAUUAUUGAAAAAGUUGGAGAAAAUGGAGAAAAAGAAAGAUAAGAAACAUAAGCACAAGUCUAGGCAUGAAAAAAAAUAA